AUGCGGUUCUCAAUUCUGAAGAAGUGGUCCCACAUCAUCCACCGACGAGGAAGGUCUGAUUCCCAGCUACAUUUUCUACAAUCUACCCAAGUCGACUAUCCUCGAUCUUCAUCAGUCGCCAACUUGAACAUCUAUGCAGAGCAACUGCACAUUCCGACCGUUACACUCAAUCUAUCAUCUUCACCUCUUUCUUCGUCAACUUCUCAUGCCCCACGUCCUUCGCAAGCUUGUCUGAGCUCCUCAGCUUCACCUUCAACGCCCCGCCCUUUUGAUUUCUCCGACGACCAACAUCCGCAAAUGUCACAGAAGACAACUACUAGCGUCGCCGAUAGAAUUGCUAUAGCCAAAAGACGACUAUCUGAACUCGAAAUGGAGAAGGACUCUCUAGACUCACGUAUAAGGGACCUAAAAGACGGAUCGAAGGAUCAACAACAGCGAUUGGACCAAAUCAAGCAGGAUCUUCAAUCAUCGUCGGUAUCGUGUCAAACGGGCAAGGACAGGACUAGGGAAAGAAAAUUUCAAGCCCAGCGGGAUCAUCAUCGCCAACUAUUUGCAAAAUCACUCCUUGAACUUGGUAUCUCCAACAUCUCUGAAGUAGGGAUGUUUCUGGACGCCUCGGAGGAGGAGAUUGUAGAUGCUGUCCUUAAAGCCGCUGAACGCGACGACAGCGUGUGGUGUUCUGUUUCAUCCGAGAUCAUUGGUCCACUAGCUCCCGAAAACUACGUUUCUGCCGUUAACAUUGCCUUGAACACAAGAAAGGAACUGCGGUCGGUCAAGAAAGUUGCUAAUUUCUGGAAGCGCACAGCGAACGGCUCAGAUACUGUAACCCCUUCAGCUUCGAAUAUUUCUGAUGUCCAGGAACCGCUCAGUCUCGAAAGACGUCAAGCAGUUGAAAUGUUACAGCGUAACCGCAGAGGAUUCUCAAUCAACUCUUCUGUUCCCGAACGGACCUUCCUUCCCUCCAUUUCCGUCUCUUCGGAGAUUUCCACAGUCUUACCCUACAUGUUGUCAACACACUCCGUUUCAUCCGUGCGUAAAACCGAAUCCCUACCGCCUCUUGCUAGCCAGGUCUUCAAAGAAGAACUUACCAACGCCCACGCAAGCUCGAGCUUCUUCGUAAGCUCUUCUUCCAAACACAUCUUCAAACCGAAAUCAAACACUAUCGUCGAGCAUAAAUCGGUGAAUUCGAAGCGGUUAUCGCCGAGAGCUCUUGGUAAACAAAAAGCUUUUUCCUCGGCAGACUCGUCUGGUUCGAUCUCGCAGUCUCGCUACUCUACUGAAUUAUCCGCCCUUCGCUCAACUGUAGGACGACUAAAGGGCAAUUUCCUUCCCGACCUCGAACUUCCAUCGCCAAUAACUGGCAUACUUGUCAAUGAAGGAAAGGUGGUGGCUGCUCCAGAGAGCACUUUCCUCCAAGCCGAACGUGCUUUGCAUUCAUUCGAAAGGAUAUGCAAUAGUUUCCCCAGCAGCAAUUUCAGUUCCCUUCAAGCUAUCAACGAGGAACUUACACAGGAAGAGAACCAGGACAUCAAUGACGAUACAUUAGUGAAUGCGACCUAUUUGGGGUCAAAUCACAAGUCAAUUGCGUCGUUCCUCACCUGCGAGCUCUCAGUCCGCGAGGCGGACAGCAUGGUUGUCGAAGCAACGGAGGUAGAUAAGUCGGAAGAAUACAGGCUGCCCACAACGGCGAAAUGUGAGGCUAAUAGGAGGUCCGACAUUCGACUUGCCGAUUCCUGUGCUCCUAAUGCGGCUUCCAUGAGAGCAUCAUUUACCCUUCCGUCAGCCCUUGAUAGGGUUGACACCCUUGGGACUCGUCUGAGGCCUCGGAGUGGCUCCUUUGUGGACAUUCCACAAAUAAAGUCGGUUGCACCGCUCAAAAUUGUCAAGAAGAAUAGAAGAGCAUCCCUCCCUAGAAAUUCCCCGACUCAGUUCACGUAA